AUGGCAGCAACUUUAGAAAGUAUCCGUUAUUCGCGAAACCCGCUGAAAUUAGAAAUUCUUAAUCAAAUUUUGCUUCCACAUCAAACAUUAUAUGAAGCCGCGUACACAGUUCAAGAUGGUUAUUCAGCGAUAAAACAAAUGAAAGUGCGCGGUGCACCUGCUAUAGCUAUUGUCGCUGCUUUAUCUUUGGCCGUAGAUCUACAACGUCGUCAUGUAGAAUCCGUUGUAAAGUUUAUUUUCGAUUCUCUAAACUAUUUAAAAACUUCACGACCAACUGCCGUAAAUUUGUUUCGCGUAUCUGACGAUAUAUGGGAAAUUACAAAUAGAUUAUCAACGAUCACCAAAAAUCCAAAUGAAAUAAUUGAUGGGGUAGUUGAAGCAGCCGAGCAAUUGCUUAUCGAGGAUAUACGAAAUAAUAAAAGUUUGGGUGAUUUUGGUGCUGAAUAUAUUAUAAAUCAUUCGAAAGAACGGCAAAAGGAUAGAAAAGUUCAAGUUUUGACGCAUUGUAACACGGGUUCAUUGGCGACUGGCGGUUAUGGCACCGCUUUAGGUAUCAUACGUUCAUUACACUCGAGACAGCAACUCUCACAUGCAUAUUGCACAGAAACUCGACCAUAUAAUCAAGGAUCUAGAUUAACAGCUUAUGAAUUAUUACAUGACGAAAUUCCUAGCACGUUAAUUUUAGCAAUUAUAGUAGGAGCCGAUAGAGUAGCAAGCAAUGGUGAUACGGCAAACAAAAUUGGAACUUUUCAAUUAGCGAUUACAGCAAAAUAUUACGGAAUAAUGUUUAUCGUAGCUGCACCUUCCAGUAGCAUUGAUCUUAAUAUAAAAAGUGGAAAAGACAUUGUCAUUGAAGAAAGAGCACAAGAAGAAGUUAUAUUUGUUGGUGGUGUUAAUGAUCUAUCUGGUGAAGUGAUUAAAGUUAAAACUGCCCCCGAAAAAGUUCAUGUCUGGAACCCUUCUUUUGAUGUGACACCCGCGGCAUUGAUUACUGCGAUUGUGACUGAAAAAGGAGUUGUUGAAAAAGUUGAUGGCAGAAAUGAAUUCGAUUUGGUCGAAUUUUUGAAUUCUUAA